GUGCUUUAAAAGACGGACACUGCCGGCGAGUCUCCACACUUGGAUCUCAUCUCCAGACAGAGAAACACCUGUGGGAGUCAAGAUGAAGAGUUUCUCCAUUGCCGUCAUCGCCAUCUGUGUGGCUGCUGCCACAUGCGACUACCUCGACAACUAUGGCGCCGCCGCCAACAACGGCCACCUGUCAGCCGGCGUCAACAACUACGGGAAAGGACAAUACGCUAAUCAAAACACUGACCAGAAAUACAACACAUACGACAACGCCGCCAACAACUACAACAAAGCUGCCAACAACUACGCCAGCCACGGCAGCAACUACUACAAAGCAGCUGAUAAAGCCGGCGCCAAGGGAGACGCUGCCUCCAACUAUUACGGAAACAAGGCCGCCGCCCACGCCAAUAACGCUUACGGUGACGCCGGACACGCCAACAAAGCCGGCUACCACGACGCCGCCGCCAACCACUACGACAGGAAAGACAACGCCGCAAGAGCUGCUGCUUACAACAACCACGCCAACAACAACUACUACAACAAGGGGGACGUUUUCAACACCGAUGUCAACUACGGCUUCGACAAGAAAUACAACAAAAACUCCAACGAGGAUGGUGACUACGAAAUCCUUGACACAAGCAGUGCUCACAACCUCGGCGACUACCGUGAUCACAGUGGAGCCGCCAACUACGCCAGCCGCGACCACGCCAACAAAAAAUACGCCGCCGAUGCCGCACACGCUCAGAAGGGCAAUGGGUACGGACAUGGCGCUGCAGCAAAGCAAUACGGAAACGGUAAAUACGGUGCCGCAACCAGCCACGCUGCCAACAACGGUGCUGCUAACCACGCCGCUGCUGCCAAGUUGAGCGAAGCUGCUGGAAGCAACAAAUACUACGACAACGCUCACGACGCUUCCAAAGAUCAGUACGACAACUUCGCCAAAAAGAACGCCGUCUACGACAGAAACAGCGUCGCUAACGCCGCUGCACAAGCUGCACACAACCUCGCUGGACACGGCAACCACGGCGUCUACGGAACACGCGGAUUCUCUGGUGUCGUAGGCACUGGAGGUGUCGGAAAAGGCAACGGUUACGGGAACAACUACGGCAACGGUUACGGCAAAGGUCAACAAUAUGGUCAACAAUACGGUCAGCAAUAUGGUCAACAAUAUGGUCAGAACGGACACGGUCUGUACGACAACGCCGCCCAGGGUCAACACGCCAACCAUUAUGAUUCCGCUGCCAAUGCUGCCAAUGUCAGGAAUGGUAAAUAUGGAUCUCACCUGAAUGAUUACCAGAGAAACAAUGCCGGCGCUGCCUACCACAGGAACGGCUACAACAACGCUCAAGGCAACGACUACUACAAAUCCGGUGCUGCUGCUGACAAGAACAACGCCUACAGAUCCAACACCGAUGCUGCUGCAUCUGACAGACACGGAUACGACCACGCCGGUGCUGAUGCUGCCAACCUUUACAAUGCUCAAGCUGCUGCCGCCGACAGUGCCAACUCUGCCUACGCCAAGGACAACUACAGACGCAAUUACAACGACGCUGCCAAGAAACAUCAUCUGGUCAAGAAGUUCCACCACCACAACAACGCCGGCGGUAACAACUACGAACGCCUCAACUACAACAAGAAGGACUACAAGGAUAACUUUGCCCAGAACGCUAACGCUGCCCACUCUAAUGCCAACAACUACGCUCAGAGGUAUUACAACGACGCCGCCAACGCAGCAGCCCACAACAACGACAAAUACGCCGCCAACAACGCUGAUAACGCCUACAAAUACAAUGACGUCGCUCAGGCCGCCAACGGCAACGCUGCUAAGAAAUCGAACUACUACAGCCAGGGCGCUGCUAAAGCUGCCGGAGACAGCAACAACGCCGCUGCUUCUAAAUACAACGACUACAACAACGCUGCUGCUGCCCGCGCCAACGUCCUCAACAACUACGCCCACAACAACUAUGGCUCCAAUUCCAAUGCCCAUGCUAAUGCACACGGCGCUGCUACCAACCACGCCGCCGCCACUCAACACGGAACCCCCUACAACAACGGCUUCGGAGUUGGACAUGACGUUGGUGUCGGCCAUGGAGUUGGUGUCGGAAAGGGAUUCGGGGGGUUCGGAGUCGGAAAUGGCGUCGUCGGCGUUGGAUACGGCCGUGGCCUUGCUGGUGGUUUCGGAGGCUCCAAGAGCGGCUACCAGUAUUACUAG